GCCACAUGUUAAACAACCAUUCUAAUCCUUUCGCUUUCGCGCGGAGGCGUUCGACACCGACGAGUACAAUUUCCAAGCCACCCGCACACGAUAUAGCAGGAUGUUAAAGUCCUGUGUUAAUUUGUUUCUGUUUGUGUUAGUCGCACUACUUAGCGUUGAGUCCAGCUUUGGCAAUUACCGAAGAAAAGAUGCACAAACGCUGGGUGAACGAGUUCAGCAGUUGACAGAACUUAGCUUAAAGCGUCCAGUAAUCCGACUGAAUGGGGAGAAGUUCCGGCACUUCAUCAAGACGGCACCAAGAAAUUACUCUUUCAUCGUGAUGCUGACUGCAUUGUCACCCCAGCGGCAGUGCUCCAUUUGCAGGCAAGCAAAUGAAGAGUUUCAGAUUUUGGCGAACUCGUGGCGCUACUCUUCAGCCUACAGCAAUCGCAUUUUCUUUGGCCUCGUUGACUUUGACGAAGGGUCAGAUGUGUUCAACAUGCUGCAGCAAAACUCGGCACCGGUGUUCCUACAUUUUCCAGAGAAAGGCAAAAUGAAGAGGGCUGACCACCAUGAUAUUCAAAGGCUAGGAUUUGGAGCUGAAGGACUGGCUAGGUGGAUUGCUGAACGCACAGAUGUUCACAUCCGUGUGUUCAGACCACCAAACUACUCGGGCACCAUUGCACUUGUCAUCUUGGUGGCUCUCAUCGGAGCUCUGCUUUACAUGAGACGCAACAACCUCGACUUUCUCUACAACAAGACUUCCUGGGGCAUUGCAGCUUUGUGCAUUGUCUUUGCUAUGACAUCUGGGCAAAUGUGGAACCAUAUCCGUGGGCCUCCGUUUAUGCACAAAACACAGCGUGGUGUGGCCUACAUUCACAGCAGCAGUGGUGGCCAGCUCAUUGUGGAGACCUACAUUGUCAUCUUCCUGAAUGCUGCCAUUGUGUUUGGCAUGAUUCUCAUGAAUGACGCUGCCGAGUCCAAGGGGGAUCCCAAGAAGCGCAAAAUCAUGGCCAUUGUUGGGCUCCUGCUGGUUGCAGUCUUCUUCAGCUUUCUGCUCUCGAUCUUCCGGUCCAAAGCUCAUGGCUAUCCUUACAGCUUCCUCUUCAAGUGAGCACCAUUCCAAGGCUGUAAUAGGUCAUCUCAACACAUCCCCUCAAGUUUUCGAGCUGCAUCAGAUGGAUUGUAUUCACUCUGCACCUCGGCUCGCCAUUGUUCGAGCUCUCUUGUACAUAAGUACUUCCAGUUAUUCACAUUUCGUUUCAACUAUAAUAUAAAGGAUGUCUUGUGCUGGAUGGUGUUUUUAGGUUUUUUUUCAAUAAAAUAGUAUGGAUCUGGC